ACUGUACACCCAUAAAGUUACCUUUUACACUCUACCGGUUAAACAUGUAAAAAGUAUCCUAUCCUUUACUCCUCUAUAUAUAUCCGAUACUGCAAGCAGAACCCCAUUUCCUUACUAGUAAAUGAAACCAGUGACUGGGUACUAGUCUAUGGACACUAAUGCAUUGCGGCCUUUAAAAUACUUGUAUUUUUUUAAAUUGUCAGUGACAUUCAGCCACAACGAAAUCAUUUUAAUUAACUUUCUGAUAUCGCUUUUAUAGAUAAGAAAUGUAUUUCCAUUAUGAAUCUGGAUACGAUGCUAUUGACCUUGUCGGUCAACUUCGCCAAGAAAAAAAAGUGGCAAAGGAGAUUGGUUUGUCGUAUAGGAGCAAUUUUCUUAGUGUCAUGGAAAAUCUAGUGUGCCAUUUCCACGGAAUCAGAGAAGUGGGCUCAAUACCUGCACCUCGAGCUCGAAUGUCAUCGGAGAAGGCUGAGACGAAGAAUGGAGAAGAAAUACAUCGAAAGGUUUAUAAAUAUCCAUGCAGUAUUUGCAAAAAGGAAUAUAAUAAUAUUUCAAACCACAUGAGGCAUG